ACUUUAGAGCCGCAGUAGCAGCCACAGAAACGUCACAUAAGUGACAUGUAAUCGCUUUUUCUCAUGACCUGGGAGCGGAUAUAAGUAAAAUUGUUCCAAACUAAAUCUUCAGGUUGCGACAGCGUCACAUUGUGGUUUCUCUGUCUUCGGAAUGCUAAUCGGAUUCCAGUAUUUUCCAGAAACACAAGAGGACGUCGGAGCGCGACAGAAGAAACGCUGUUUGUUUUUCAGCCAUGGACAGAUUGGAAGCCACAUCAGAGCUCCAGUCUCGGCUGUCAUCUCUGUCCUUCUCAUCUUUUCCCGGAAUAACAUCUGAGCACUGCGAGGGCCGACAGCUGGACAGGCUGCAGAAUACGGACCUGUCACAGAGUUCAAGUCCAGCAAAGAUGGAUGACAACAAAGAGGAAUCGGCGCAUCACCUGGAGGGUGAUGAAGAGACUCCUGAUGAAGCAGCCCAGCAGGAAGGAGCUGAGCAGAACGACAGCACUGGGAACUGUCAGCUCUCUGCCCAGAUGCUGCCGCUAAAACCUGCGACAACAUGGAUGACCUUCGCACUGAAGGACUUUAAGGCAAAGCUUCGGCCAGAGAAGGACAGUGUGGUGACUGUGUACCGAGGCGACAUCAUGACUGUUCAUGUGCCCACGGUGCCAGAGGCGAACAAAGUGUGCUGGGAGUUCGCCACAGACGGUUACGACAUCGGCUUCGGCCUGUAUUUUGACUGGAGCCCCGUCACGAGCCGAGCUAUCACGGUGCACAUCAGUGAAUCGAGUGACGAUGAAGAUGAAGAAGAGGAGCUGGAAGCCCCCACCAGCUAUGGAGAUGUGGAGAAAGGUUCCAAAACUCAAACCAACUCCAACGUGGCUGAAAUCUUGCCCAUAUACCGCCAAGACAGUCACCUGGCCGCCCAAGGGGGGAGCCACGAAUUUCCAGGCGAAGGCACUUACCUCGUGAAGUUUGACAAUUCCUACUCGCUGUGGCGAAAUAAGACCCUUUACUACAGAGUUUAUUACAGUGCCUGAGCAGCCAAACUAUUGUCUAUGAAUGUAUAAUUUAUAAGAAUAUUAUGCUGAAGAACUGUGAACUAUUUUUAAUUCCAAAGUUAUGAGAAGAGCUUGUAUAUUAGCAUAUCUAUUUUUAAUCACUAUAAGCUUGUGUUGCCAUAAAGCCACAUGUCGAUAUUAUGUUAAAGGUCUAAUGCUUUUGAAAGCGACAGAUGCGCUGAAAUCUUGCUGAGGGAUGUUUUGAUAAGCCUGGCGUAUGUGCCACAACGUCCAUGUGAGCACACUGCAAAGCAGCAAUCAUAAAACAGGUUUUAUGAUAUGAAAGGUUUAGAUUAGUGGUGAUCAGGGAACACCUACACAGCGAGGAGCAUGAUUGAUUAAUCAGCAGAAAAGAGAUGGAAAUGGAAGUUUUUGUUUUACACAAACGUGUGUGUGUGUGCGCGCACUUUCUAUAAUUAUUUAUUUGUUGUUGAUUCUUGUGGUUACCCUGCUGCCUUCUGAUGUAACACAUUUAAUCUGUGCAAAACCAAAUUGUGUGAAAACAAAUAUAAUGAGAGUAUAUUUAAAAUAUUAUUUAAAAUGUAAGGAGUUGGAAUGCAGCAAAGCAAAGUGGUAACUAUCCAGUUUGUCCAGUUUUUUAUGGCAGGAAUCUAACCAUCGGUUAUUGCAUUGUGUAAUAUUGUUCCAAUAUUUACAUUUGCUUCUUUUCGCUCGUGUUUCUGUUUCCGCAGUCUGUUUAAAUAAUGUUUCAUCUACAUGUAUUUUGUGGAGAGGUCUAUGUGAGCAAAGGUCAGUGUGUGCGAGUGAGGCUUGCUUUGGAUCGCUCAGUGCUUUUGUUCCAUCCUGUUUGUAAAAUCGGUGUCUUUCCCACGCUUUUGGGUGACCUUUGACAUUCCUGAAACAUUUGAGAUUUAGCUGUUUCUGCUCUGUACUAACUAGUGCGUCCGCUUUCCUUCCCAACACACCCCUGUUGAAAUGAAAAAACCCUACAAAGGGCACUCGUAGCAUAACACUGGCGCCUUACACGUUUUGACACUGAUUCUUGUCAAUUAAUUCUUUGCAAUACUAUAAUAUGUUAUUCUGUGUGGCCUUGAAAUUUGCCCUUUCAGGGUCACCCAAAGGCAAAGGUUAUGUGACAGACAGCAAGGUGAUAUGACCUUUGAAUAUCGACCUUCGAAAUGAGCUUACAGCGUCCUGAUGUCACCAGACGGAGGGGUUUGGCGAUGCCGAUGUCUUUGCAGUAGAACAAAGGUCUAAGCUGUUUUGCUUCCUGUCUUACAGUAGGUUGCGACGAGAUGUCUUUGGUACUAAGUCUCUUCAGAGGAUCCUUGGGUACAGUUAGAAAGACUUUGUGCCAAAUAGGCGGACUCAGAUGAGGAGUGUCACUUGUGUUGUGAGGGAGGACCAGCCAUGAUAUUCUGGCCAUAUGGUGCCUUUCUUUGGACAUGAUCCAGCGUGUAUGUGUCUCAGUGUUGAAGAUCCCAGCGGCUGGAGAAGCCCAAGGGGAUGCCCACAUUUCAUCUGGUUGGGGCCAAUCGAUGGCUAAUUUUUAGAGGUAUUGAUGAAUUGAUCCCCCCCCCCGGUAUGAAAUACGGGGGGAUAUAGCGAUCAGCAUGUCCGUCCACCUGUCCGUCCAUCUGCUUUUGCUUGUUAGGCCGAUAUCUCAAGAACCAGUUGACCAAUUUCAUCCAUAUUUAGCAUAAAGCUCUACUUGGGUGAUCCCCUGACACCAGUCGAUUAUGGUGACCUUGGGGUCAAUUUCUAGAUCACAGCCAGAUAUUCAAGAUCUUGUCAUUGCCACCUUUGUUAACGCGACAUCUCAAGAACCACUUGAUGAAUGUCAUUCAUAUUUAGUGUAAGCAUGUACUUGGGUGAUUUCCCAGACACCAAUUAAUUGUGACCUUGAAGACAAUUUCAAGGUUACAGUGAGAUCUUGAAGAUAUUGUCAUUGCCACCCUUGUGAAUGCAAUAUCUCAAGAACCAGUUGACCAAUUUCAUUCAUAUAAUCAUAAGGGUGUACUUGGAUGAUCCCCCGACACCAGUCCAUUACGGUGACCUUGGGGUUAAUUUCAAGGCCACAGCCAGAUAUUCAAGAUAUUGUCAUUGCCACUCUUGUUCGCGUGACAUCUCAAGAACCACUUGACGAAUGUCAGUCAUAUUUAGCAUAAGGGUAUACUUGGAUGAUCAUCGGACACCAUUAAAUUAUGGUGACCUUGAAGUCAAUUUUGAGGUCAAUUUCAAGGUCACUGCAAGAUAUUGAUGAUGUUGUCAUUGCAUCCUUGUUAGUGCAACAUCUCAAGAACCAGUUGACCAAUUUCAUUCAUAUUUGGCAUAAGGGUUUACUUGGGUGAUCUCCCAACACUUUGUAUUAUUGAUUUGUGGGGGCUGGGAGGAUAUGUCGUCUCCUGAUGACUCUUGUCUGGGUGGUUGUCAUUCAGGACCAAAGGAGGUUCCACGGUGUGGUGCAUGUGUCUAAAUGUGACACCCGCACAUGCUCCAAGACCUGACCGGAUCUUUUAUUUUGUUGAUGAAUGGACAGAGGGCUACACGAGACCAAAACCAAUACUCCUGAAUUUCCUACUAUUCCAUGCCUUCUUCUGCCACUAUUCCCACCCAUGACUUCAGGCAUCCAGAUGAUUUCAAUGCCUCACUGCCGCCAGCUAACGUUUAAGUUUUUCUUGACUUUAUCGUGUGAUGUCACGGACAUCAGAGGUCUGAUCCAGAGAAGAACACUUUUUCAAUGCAUGGCCUAGUUCCUGAGAUAAGGUGAUCAAUGCAUUUCAGAAGAUGACCUCUGAUUUGUCCUUGACCUUUGACCUUUACAGGACCUGGGUUGUAAGAGCACAGUCCACUGUGCCAAAUCUGACAGAAACUGUGUUUUGAACAUUUCCCCUCUGAGUGGCGGUCAACCGUCCAGUCCAGGAGCCACUGGUGUAGACGAUUACAAGCUACUUUAAAAAUGCUGUUCUGCUGUACUGUUCCUUCACUGCACCUUUUAUCCUGAAAAUUUAUAUUUCAAAAUAAAUUCAUGAUGUGAU